CUCCAUCAACCCCAUUUUCAAGUACGCCUUAAACUUCCCCUGUGACCGUCUUUAGUAACGAGUCCAUCGGUGGCUACUUAUUUGCUCAACUUCACACAUCCUCGCCCUCACCUCUUCGAACAAACAACAAAAUGGGUGGUACUCGUGCUCAAAAGGAGAUCUGGUUCACCAAGCUCAGUGAAUGCUUGGAGACCUACCCCUCCAUCUUCAUCGUCAACGUUGACAAUGUCGGAUCUCAGCAGAUGCACCAGAUCCGACAUGCUCUGCGAGGCAAGGGUACCGUCUUGAUGGGAAAGAACACCAUGGUCCGACGUGCUCUUCGUCAGCUCGUCGCUGAGAAGCCCCAGUACGAGAAGCUCACUCCUCUCGUCAGGGGCAACAUCGGAUUCGUCUUCACCUCCGGAGACCUCAAGGACAUCCGAGACCUCAUCCUCGCCAACCGAGUUGCUGCCCCCGCCCGUGCCGGUGCUUACGCCCCAGCAGACGUCAUCGUCAAGGCAGGCAACACCGGUAUGGAGCCCGGAAAGACUUCCUUCUUCCAGGCUCUUGGUAUCCCCACCAAGAUCGCCCGUGGUACCAUUGAAAUCGUCUCCGACGUCAAGGUCGUCACCGCUGGCUCUCGAGUUGGUUCUUCCGAGGCCAUGCUGCUCAACAUGCUGAACAUCUCGCCCUUCACCUACGGUAUGAGCGUCGUCCAGAUCUACGACCAGGGUCAGACCUUUGCCUCUGAUGUUCUGGACGUUUCUGAGGACACCAUCCUCGAGCGAUUCAUGCUGGGUAUCAAGCAGAUGGCUUGCCUGUCUCUCGGUCUCAACUACCCCACCAUCGCCUCCGUCAGCCACGUUCUUGUCAACUCUUACAAGAACCUCAUCGCUGUCUCUUUGGCCACCGAGUACGAGUUCGAGGGAUCUGCUAAGGCUAAGGAAUACCUCGCCAACCCCGAGGCCUUCGCUGCCGCUGCCCCCGUUGCCGCCGCUGCUUCUGCUGACGCCCCAGCUGCUGCCGCCGAGGCCGCCCCUGAGGAGGAGAAGGAGGAGUCUGACGACGACAUGGGCUUCGGUCUCUUCGACUAAGCGUUUCGCUCGCUUCGUCUUUCCCUUCUUCUGUCCGACUGCAGUGGCGACUUCUCCCCCUCGUCAUUGUACCUUCUCGUUGUGUCACGAUCUGCAAUUUGCAUGGAGUCUCACAGCACCUACGCUUCUCCGCCUGAGCU